AUGUGUCUGUGGCAGGUUCAUGAUGAUGAAGAUAUUGUUUCUAACUUACGUAAUGGUGUGGCUGCUGAAAAUGCCACUGCUAUAAUGCAAGAAAAGGGUUUCUCUCAUCCAGGUGCUGCCAUUGAUCAGUCAAUCAAUGUCACUGGAACCUGUAAUGAAGCAGUUAAUCUUGAUCAAGAAGAGAGAGAGAUUGAUGAAAGCAAUUCUGGUGAACCAUGGGUUGGAGCACUGACGGAAGGGGAUUACUCUGAUCUCAGAGUUGAUGAGCGUCUGAAUGCACUUGUUUCCCUAAUUGGUGUGGCUAUUGAAGGAAAUUCAAUUCGUGUUGUUCUUGAGGAUCACUUGGAAGCGGCAAAUGCUCUUAAGAAGAAGAUGUGGGCAGAGGCACAACUUGAUAAAAAGCACAUGAAAGAAGAAUACAUGACAAAAUUACAGAAUUCGUCUUAUAUGGGGAUCAAGGCUGAGCCAAAUGCUACUAGUUCUGCUGCAGAGGGAAGCCAAAGCCCCUUGCCUGGAGUAGAGAACAAGAAUAGUGAGGCUUCUCCAAACCCUGCAGUCAAGUCAGAAACAUUUCUUGAUCCACAAAAUGUUCAAAACUAUCCUAAUUGUGUUCCUAGUGAAAGGACCAUGGUAGGGCAAGAGUUCUCUUUGGGCGAUAAUCUCCCUCAUCAACAAUAUGGCUAUGCCAUAGAAAAGUCACGCUCCCAGUUAAAAGCUUCUAUUGGUCAUAAAGCAGAAGGGGAGUAUGUAUACAGGUCUUUGCCUCUUGGUCAAGAUCGCAGGCAUAACCGAUACUGGCUGUUUUUUACAUCUGAUUCUAGAAAUGAUCCAGGUUCUGGCAGGAUAUUCUUUGAAUCCCAUGAUGGCUGCUGGAGGCUUAUUGAUUCAGAAGAGGCAUAUGAUGCUCUUUUGGUAUCUUUGGAUAAAUUUUUUUUUUGGGAUUUUUUAUGUGGGGUUUCUAUUCCAUCUGAAGCCCUUCAACCUUUCUGGACUGACACAUAUCGAAAAUCUUGGGGUGUGAAGUUUCUACGGCUGACUUCAUCAUCAGCAGAGGAACUUCUACAGAUACUGACUUUGUUGGAGAGUGCCAUUAAACGGAACUUCCUCUCAUCAAAUUUUGAGUCAACCAAGGAACUAUUAGCUUCUUCCACAUCUGCAGAGUAUGCUGUGGAUGAUUUCUUACCAGUUCAUGGAUCAGUCGCAGUACUUCCAUUGUUACCAGAAACGACUGCUGCUGUGGCAUUAAGGGUUAUGGAUAUUGAUUCUUCCAUAUCUUACAUAACGAACAAAGCGGAGUAUCAAAAAGACACAGAAGCUGGAGAAGUCAUUGUGAGUUUCUGUUUCAGUAUUUUAAAUUUAAAGAUUGGUAAAAAGGUGCGGUUGGCGAGGCUGGUGCAUGAAUUGACUCAGUAUGGUGACAGCGUGGGCAAUGCCGAGCCCAAUGACCGUGAGAUAGAUCAGACGCCCAACAAGGCAACGAUAACUGGAAGGAUUAGGAAGGAUAUCACCUGUAUCAGUUGA